AUGGCAAUGAAGACAGCCUUCUUGGCCGCCGGCCUUUGGCUGGGGUCCGCUCAUGCUAUCACUGUCGAGGGCAUGCUUGCCGCGCCUCGUAGAAGUACAGGCAGUCUCAGUCCCAAGGGAGAUCGAGCACUGUUCUCCGAGACAAAGUUCAACUGGACGACGGAAAAAGCCAGCACGGCUUGGUACUUCCUGGAUACUGAAUCCGGCAAUGUCACAAAGGCUCCAUUUGGUAGUGACGCUUCCGAAGUCGUCUGGGUUGGUGAUACCGAGGACAGCAUUCUUUACGUCAAUGCUAGUAACGCAGAAAUUCCAGGAGGCGUGACACUUUACACUGCUGAUUUGAGUGGCGAUUCUUUCGAACCAAAACUAGUAGCAUCUCUGCAUGCGCCUCUCUCAGGAAUCAAGGCUGUGAAAACAGACUCUGGAAUCAACUUUGUGGGCAACUGCCUGGCCUAUGAGAGUAACGGCACCGCAUACAAUCCUGAGCUCGUCUCCGCCCCAAAAAGCUCGGGACGUCUGUAUGAUGCCAACAUGGUACGCCACUGGAACUACUACAUCACAGCUGAGCGCGUCGCCGUCUUCAGCGGGGUCUUGAACGGUGGCAAUGGCAGCUACUCGUAUGCUGGCGAGCUCAAGAAUCUCCUCUGGGGGAUGAACUACACCAUCACCCGUCCGGAGAGCCCUGUCCAAGGGUCCUCGAGCGAUCCAGGUGAUUAUGAUUUGGCUCCGGAUGGCAGCAUGGUGGCCUUCCGUACCAAAUCUCCAGACCUUCCCAAGGCCAACUACACCGCCAGUUACAUCUACGUUGUUCCUUUUGAUGGCUCUGCGGUUGCCGUCCCCAUCAAUGGCCCAGAAACUACUGCUCCCCAGACUGCUCAAGGUGCGUCAGGCGCGCCGGUAUGGUCGCAUGAUAGCAGUAAAGUCGCCUACACGCAGCAAGAUGGUAUCGACUACGAAUCCGACAAGUACAAGCUCUAUGUUGCCGAUAUGGAUGGCAUGAACAGUCAGGUUCGCUCGGUUGCAGAGGACUGGGACUCUAGCCCGACAGGUCUUAAAUGGAGCUCAGACGACGCCAACCUUUGGGUAACAUCCGAACUACAUGCUUCUGUUCGAUUGUGGGCUGUACCGCAAGAUGCUGCAGCCGACUUCAAACCAACAAACAUCACCGGUCCGGAGACGGUUCUUUCCGAUUUCGAUAUCUUGAAAGAUGGCAGCGCCUUCGUCUCGGCAGCCGCUAGCUGGACCAGUCGCAUGUUUUACAAGCAGAAGCCCGGUGCGGAGAAGAAGAAGUACCCUCUCGCUUUCAUCAUCCACGGUGGCCCACAAUCCACUCAGGGUGACAACUGGAGUGUCAGAUGGAACCUGAGACUUUGGGCAGACCAGGGCUUCGUGGUUACAGCGACUCAGUUUACUGGAUCACCAUCCUACAGUCAAGCCUUCACCGACAAGAUCCAAGCAAACUGGGGCGGUACUCCGUACACUGAUCUGGUCAAGGUCUUCGAGCAUCUCCGCGACAAUGUGGACUACAUUGAUACUGACCGUGCUAUCGCCGCCGGCGCGUCUUUCGGCUGCUACAUGACAAACUGGAUUCAGGGCCAUGAUCUCGGUCGCGAGUUCAAAGCGCUCGUCUGCCAUGAUGGAAAGAUCAACCAAGUCGGCUCCUACGCUACUGACGAACUCUGGUUCAUCCAGCGCGACAACAACGGAACCGUGUGGAACGAGCGUGCCAACUACGAACUCUGGGAUCCUCUUGCCCACUUCGCCAAUGCCAGCACCCCUCAGUUUGUAAUCCACAACGAUCUCGAUUACCGCGUUGUACAAGCGGAAGGCUUCCAGACUUUCAAUAUUCUGCAAAGCCUAGGCGUGCCAUCGCGCUUUUUGCACUUCCCAGAUGAGGGACAUUGGGUCACCAAGAGGCAAAACAGUCUGUUGUGGCACAACUCCAUCUUCAACUGGAUCAGGUACUGGGUUGGUCUCGAUGACGAGCUCAUGAUGGAUGGCGUCAUUACCCAGUAG